AUGUCGUUUUCCGUGCCCCCACAAAUCAGAAGAUCAACAAAACUUUCAGGAAAAGGCGAUCAAAUCUGGAGAGCCGCCAAAAAGAGCAGCGAACGGUUAUCGCGUCACGUUCAAGAGUUCCGUCAGCUCCAGAACCGCCUCUCCGCCGCCAUCGACGCAAUUGAAAAGGGCGAUAAGAAGAAGUUGAACCAAUCGGUCGAUGAGGAGGUGAUGGCGACCCGCGACUCGAGAGGCACGUCAUCUGGCCGAAAAGAAUAACUAAUCAGCAGCUCAUUAAUUCAUCUAUCAUGUCUUUAUUUUCUUCAGGAAUGCGCCUUCUCCACAUCGCCGUCCUUCGCGAGAAACACGAACUCAUCGAGCAUCUCGCCAUCACUUUCCCGAAUCAAAUCGAUCUGACAGACACGGUAAACAUCAUCAUCCUCUUAUCUUUCAUUCCUUCCACCCUUCCCACACAAUCCGCUCAUCCCCUCUCCUCUGCUCCUUUCAUACAUCUUUCUUUCCAGCUCGGUCGUACAGCUCUCCAUUACGCCGCGUGCCAGCAGAAUGCCAUCUACGAUUCUCUCGUGGAUCUAGGCGCUCGGAAGGAUCUUCCCGAUCAGGAGGGCGUCAGCGCCGAAGAGUACCGCCAGAAUCCGAGCCGAUUGAUCCGUCCGUCUUCUGCCGUUUCGUCGGUUAUGCUCAGAUCGAUGUCGACCGACGACGAAUUCUUUGAUCCCGGUGAGUUGGAUGACGUGGCAGCAAAAAGCCUUAACCGGAAGGCAGAAGGAGGUGUUCUGGAAGGCUAAGUAAGUUGAUACUAUUCAUUGCAUUGAGUGCAAGGAUUACGGUAUGCUUGAUUCUCGGAAUUGACGUCAUAUCAGUUCAAAAUUUUAUCGGAAAGCUCAUGAGCCGAAAGCCCAUCGUCGUGUACUAAUUUGCUCCGGCCUCCACCUUCACACUUCCUUCCUUCCUUCCUCCGCUGCUCUCUGCAAAGCAAAACUUCCUUCCUGUUCGAGCGAUUCGCCGAAAAGUGCAUCAAACGUGCCAUUCCUCUCCUCAUUGGUCCGUCUUCCUCGAAUUAUUUAUAAUUCUUCUUCUUCUUGCCAUCUCCUUCUCAGACAUGUUCCAGUCUUGCCUGUUUGUAAACUAAAAUCCUAAAUCCAAUAUUUUCCACAGCACCUUCCUUGGUAAACAAGAUUAUUCAGGACCUUUGAUUUGUAUCGUAUAGUGGAAGUGAUAUGACGUGGCAAAGAGGUUCCGAUUAGGUGCAUUCAAUUUGAGCUCCAGACUGGAACUAGAUUAGCUUCGAACAGAUUUCAUUCCAAAUCAGAUUAGAUAUUUAGAUUCAUAUAUUUACGGCGACUAGGUUUUUUAGCCAGGGAAGUUGGGUCGUGACUUUUAAAGAAGGAUUUCAGUUGCCCGUUUCAAGUACGCCAUCUGAUCUUUGAUAGUCUAUUGUACCCUCUAUUGCUCCGUUUUCUGUCACUUUUCCAUUUUUACACAUUUCUAGGCCAGCGGUCAGAGAAAAGCCCGCGACAUUCAAAAAUAUUAGCAUAUGCUCAACAACGUAGCUUAUGCUUGAUUUCCGGUGCCUCACCAGCUUCCUGCUUCUUCCUCAUCAUCAUCGUACGUCUUCUAUAUCUUCUUCUACUUCUUCUUCUUCUUCUGUUAAUCCCUGUCAUCCGCCGCUCCAUGACAAUCUCUCUUCCGUCCACUAUUUCGGCGACCUUUGCGUGUUCACCUGUCUUUUCGGGUCCCAUCCUCCACGCACAACUCUCGCAGAAUUGCGUGACACACCUCCAUAAAUAUUCGCCGCAAACUUGUCGGCCGUCUCUCCGGAAGCCCACAAUAUCUGCCCGCGAGGUUCUGAUAAAUUGAUAAUAAGACGGAGAUCCGUCUCUCCGAAACGAGUCACCUGGUCCCGACUGCUCUCCGUAAAAAGCUCUCUCAAAUAUUCUGUGGUUUGGCAGCGCAAAUGGAUGCAUGAGCGUCUACCAUUCGCCGAUUUCUACUUCAUGUCAUCCAGUGACACUUUUGGGAAAGUGUAUAUCGAGCAACACGGUUAGCUUCAAACGUCAGAUUGUGGGAUGCCAUUCGGACUAGCCCAUACUCUCAACCCCUUAACUCUUCUAUGUCUUGCAGAUGCACCAUCUGAGGAACAAGUCGAACAAUGGCUGGCCACUGGAGAAGUCACCAAACUGGAGCAAAUCGUGCUCGACGGCCGGGGACACAUGCUCAAAGAGAAGAAGACGGUGAACGCGGCGAGCAACGAAUUCCUCUCGGGGCUCACUCAGUACCUCACAAAGAUCGACGCAAUCCACAAAGCGGUCGAAGAAGGAGACGUCCGAAGAGUGAAAUCCCUCAUCGAUAGACCGCUUCUCUCAACUGCCAGAGACAGCUACGGUGGGCCGAGUACAGCGGAGCGCACUUUCACCUUCAUCUGUUUGCAGGCAUGACACCAAUCCACAAGGCUCUUCUGCACGGCCAAACGAACACGGUCCGCUUCCUGCUCGGCCGUUUUCCGAGCUGUGUGAACGCUACCGACCACGUCAGUUUCUUCAAAAAGAGAUCCGUUGUGGGCAGAGGAUAAGCUCUCUUUAUGAGGCAUUCGAAAUACUCCCCUAAUCCGUGGGCUCGCAUCAUUGAUUCGAAGUACUUAGGGCUUCUUCCCUCUUUUUCUAUUUGGCUUGAUUACGUUGCCUAGUGAGCAUUCGCGUAAAGUAUGAUGUGCAGUACUCUGUGUUUAGUAUGGAAUCUCAUGAAAAAUUCAGUUAGAACUGCUAAGUCGAUGUAUUCAGUUCAUGGUUUGCAGGCUGGCCGAACACCUCUCCACUAUGCGGCCGCCGAUCCGAACGGAGAGCACAUGAUAAAAGUGCUCCAGAAGAGCGGCGGCGACGCGUUCAUAGAAGAUAAGCACGGCCACACUCCGUUCUACUACCGAACGCACGGACAACGUCUGAACGUCCGUUCGAUGAAGGACAACGCAGUGAUGAACCAGCUGAUCUCGGGGCAACUGAACCGCCCGUUACUUCAAGACUUGGAAGAGGACGUCUACGAUUGGAUUCACACUGGAAACAUUGGAAAACUAGAAGAGCUCGUGCUCACGGGGUACGCCGAUCUGUUGUUGGGAAGGAAUCACGAGGUGGAGGACGCAGACAGCAUCGGGUUUCUAGAGGUGUUGCCGCAGUAUCAGGCGAAAAUCCAAUCGAUUCACAAGGCAGUGGAGACUGGAAACUUGCGAGCCGUCAAGCUGCUAACUGACAGAAAGAAGCUCUCGCUUUGUCGGGACACCCGCGGACUGUCGCCACUGCACAAAGCGAUCGUAUUCGAGAGAACCGACAUCGCCAAGUAUCUGAUCCGAAACUAUCCACAAUCGGUGAACGCGAUGGAUCAGAAGAAACGAACUCCGCUGCACUACGCGGCCGCUCUCAAAGACGGCGGUUACCUGUACAAAGUGAUGAGAAAGUCCGGAGCUGAUCCCAAUAUUUAUGACUGCGUAAGUUGUAUCCUAAGCAUAAAUUUGCCUCAAAAAUUCAUUCUUAGAACGGUCGCCCAGCCAAAUAUUAUCUGAAACACUCCGGCGAAAUCGACCUGUCCGCCAUGCGACUCGACACUCGCGCCGCCCUCAAACAAGUGCUCCAUAACCGAGUUGCUCCGAGCUACUUGGAGAGCUCAAUUCAGCAGUGGCUCCGUGACGGACAGCUCGCAAAACUGGAGCAACUUGUGCUCUCCGGUUGCGGGGAUCUGCUUCAGAAUCGCACGUCAAGUCAUCCGGAUACACAAGCAUUCUUGGAUAGCUUGCCAGAGUAUACGGUAGCCUUCGGAAUUUAGAGCUCUAAGGAAGUCAAUUAGUUUUAGGAGAAGAUUGAUGGAAUUCACAAAGGAAUCAAGGAAGGAAAUCUGGAUAAAGUGAAAGAGUUAAUGAAGACCAAAAAGCUGGCGAUUGCUCGUGAUCGCUUCGGAUGCACACCACUUCAUUCGGCCAUCGUACAUGAGCACACCGAGAUUGUACGGUACAUUGCGGGCCAUUAUAACUCGGUACUCAAUGCUCCGGACUAUGUAAGUAUCCUUAUCACUUCAAAGAAUUACGUGUCUUCUUACAGAAUAAAAGAACAGCAAUGCACUACGCGGCAGCCGCUCGGGACGGAGGACAUUACCUGAAGAUCCUUGGAAAGGCUGGGGCCGACCCAAUGGCUGUGGAUAACGAGGGAAGAACUCCGGAUUACUACCGACGGAACGCUGUGAUCGAUCUGAAACUAAUCAAGGACCGCGAUGAGGACUUCGAGACGAUCAACGAGGAAUAUCUGGAGGACGGACCACUCAUCGACUCGCCGGCGACUCCGGACUCGGGCAGUGAGGGCUCGUUCGUCGACAGUGCCCGGAUGCUCGAGGACGAGGACGAAAGCAUCGAGAGACAUCGCUUCGAGAAGACUUUCCGAGGAAAGAUCGACCUGCCGACCUCGGAGAACGGAGUUUAUCUGGCGAGAACUGUGGCGCCAGUUCUUACAAAGGCUUUGGCAGAGGUAAGUGCGCUCUGAUGCAAACGUUCAAACCUUAUUCUCUUCAGGUUUUGCUGCGCCGGCCCGCAGAUCCGAUCGGUUUCAUUGCCGAAUGGCUCACCAAGUACGUCGUAGAAGUUCCACGUCGCAACGGAAACGGACACUAA